GGAACGGCGUUCUCGUCAGAUCGGGGUAGCUUCCCUUCGCCGGUCAAAUCCCCCACCUUCCCUUCCGUCUCCGUUCGGUCCGCGACUCCACGUCAUCUUCCACGUCAUCUCUCUCAUGUACUUAUAGAGCCCCGCGUCCCAUUCCCCCAGUCGUCCUCCUGCUUCCCAAAAGAGGCUUCUCUUUCUCUCUCUGACUCUCUCUGACUCUCUCUCUCUCUCUCUCUUCCCUCGGUAAAAGGGAGGGGAGGGGGGAAUUUUUCCCGGAAGAUAUUUACGGCUAUUUUGAGGUAGGUGGUAGGUUUCCGAUGAUGACGACGAUGGUGGCGGGGGUAGCAGCGGGGGCAGGGGCGGAGGCGUUUGCUCGGGACGCGAUCAUAGCGUGGUUCCGGGGGGAAUUCGCGGCGGCGAACGCGAUCAUCGACGCACUGUGCGGGCACCUGGCGCAGAUCGAGGGGGGAUCGGAGUACGAGGAGGUGUUCGCGGCUAUCCACCGGCGGCGGAUGAACUGGAUUCCUGUGCUCCACAUGCAGAAGUACUUCUCCAUUGCCGAUGUCGGCGGAGCGCUCCGCCGUGUCGCCUCCCGCCGGCAGCGCGCUGCCGCCGCAGAGGAGGAGGCGGAGAUCAAGAAAGGCAAGGAGGAGGAGAUGGAGGUGGCGGCGACGGAGGAGGAGAAGUACAGCGAAGAUUCUCCGAAAGAGGAGGAGGAGGAGGAGAUGGACAAAGAGAGAUCGAUAGAUGGCGGCGGAGUCGUCGGGGCCUUCGUGGAGGAGGUCAAGGACGGAGAUUCUAACGGAGAUUCCUCAGAUCAGAAAGUCUCGGAAGAAGGCGACGUCGAUGGAGGAUCUCAAGGGGAGCAUACUUCUGUGGAGAAUGUCCAGAUAUGCUCUGAUCAUGAGCACUGUGUGGCACGUCCUGACAGUAUCAAGAUCUUGAAAGGUUUUGUAGCCAAGGAGGCAGUGAAAGGGCAUAUGGUUAAUGUUGUAAAAGGUCUGAAGCUGUAUGAGGACAUCUUCACAAACUCAGAGCUUCUGAGGCUUGCUGAAUUUAUAAAUGAACUCCGUCUUUCAGGUCGAAGGGGAGAACUAUCAGGUGAAACAUUCAUUUUCUUCAACAAACAGAUAAAAGGGAACAAGAGAGAGAUCCUUCAGCUUGGUGUUCCAUUGUUUCAACCAACUAACGAGGAGGCAUCAAGUAAUAUAGAACCGAUUCCCCCGAUCUUGCAGACUGCCAUCGAUCACCUAGUUCAAUGGCAUGUAAUACCAGAAAACAAAAGGCCAAACAGUUGCAUUAUCAACUUCUUUGAUGAGGAUGAAUACUCACAGCCAUAUUUCAAACCUCCGCACUUGGACAAUCCAAUCUCCACGCUUUUCCUUUCCGAGACAACAACAGCUUUCGGACGGGUGCUUGUCAGUGAUAACAAUGGAAACUACAAGGGCUCCCUCACACUUCCACUGAAAGAAGGGUCGCUACUAGUCAUGCGUGGGAACAGCGCUGACAUGGCGAGGCAUGUCAUUUGUCAAUCCCCAAACAGAAGGGUGAGCAUCACUUUUGUGAAGGUUCGACCUGCGAACAACCAAACUGAUUCCUCUACCAUGUCUCCGCUAACUACAGCCAUAACUCUCUGGCAACCUGGAAGCCCACCACCCCAGCAAAUGCAAGGUGGUGGACUCAUUGCCUAUGGGCCUCAUGGCGUGAUUCCAGCCGCAUGGGGGGCGACUCUUCCUGCUCCGGUCGUCGUGCUGCCAUCACCCCGUCCCAUGGCCAUGGCUCCUGGUAGGAGAAUGUCACGAAGUGGCACCGGUGUAUUCCUACCUUGGGCAGUGGGUCCCAAGAAAUACACCAAGCAUCUCCCACCGCGUAUUCAGAAGAGAAGGUUCCUCUCAUUGCCAUCUCUACUAGAGGCACAGGUGUAGGAGAGGCCCCAAGUUUCUGAUGUCAAGGUGUCACUGGCUGCCAAAGGAUCCUUUAUGGUUAUGAAACAAGUUCUUGAUUUUAGUUAUGUUGAAACAAGAGUGAUCUAGGCCCUGUCCCCAUUACAUCAAAAAAAAAAAAAAAAAUAGAAAGAGAUCAACAUUUUCUGAGUGUCUUCGCAGGAGCUUCUUUGUCAGGUCCUGGAUGGGAUGCAUUUAGUUAUGGUUGGCAACAAGUUAUGGAGAAGGUAUUCAGCAGAUUUUUAGUGUAGCUAGUUUCUCUUAGACUGCCGUGUAGCCGCUAGGAUGGUUGAGCUGUGGGACUUGAAAUCCCUCCAGUGAAGGACAAAAUUUUGUAAUAUUGCUGUUGAGUUUUAUUCAGCAAAGAUGAAAUUUCUUGUAUUGAUUAAAGAGCUUUUAAUGCCAAAUGCAUUGUGAUGGAUUUCUAAUUUAAAUUGAGAUUUUAAGAGGAAA